GGUGGAACACCAUCCCUUGGAUGCGCCAACCCCUCCGAGGUACCCGAUUGCGCCUGCUCCUGCACCAACGGCGUCACUUUCAACCAGCCUCUCUCCCCGAGCUCUUCUGGUCCGAUGAUUCCCAACAACUGGCAGGCGGACAAGGAAGCAUGCCUCUUACGCGAGCAGGAAGCCAUUGCCAAUCUCAAC